AUGGCCUCUGCUCUAACCAGUAAUAUUCCCUUCGCCGACCCGAACUGGCACACCGACAAGGGCAACCCUUACUACAAGGACUCUCACCGGAAGCUCCAGCGCUUUAUCCGGGAGUAUGUCGACAGCGAGAUCAUUCCUAACGGCGCCGAAUGGGAGGCGCAGGGAUACGUUCCUGACCACGCUUUCAAGCGUCAUGCCGAGCUUGGUUUUCUCGCGGCUGCGGUAUUCCCCCUGCCUAAGAGUUCGUUGGGCGGCGUUAAGUUGCCGGCCGGUAUUUCUCCUGAUGAAUGGGACGAAUUCCACGAUGCAGUUCUUACCGACGAAAUCGCUCGCUGCGGAUACCUCGGCGUUGUCUGGGGUAUAAAUGGUGGCGCGACGACCGGCGGCGCCCCAUUGUCAACCUACGGCACCGAGGAGCAGAAACAAAAGUACUUGAGGCCCCUCCUAACGGGGGACCAAAAGCAUUGCCUUAUGGUCACCGAACCGGAUGCCGGCUCGGAUGUGGCGGGCCUUACGACAGAGGCCAAAAAGACAAAAGAUGGCAAGCAUUUUGUGAUCAACGGCCAGAAGAAAUGGAUUACCCAGGGUCAGCUGGCGACCCACGCUCUUGUCGCGGCUCGAACUGGAGGGCCGGGCCACAAAGGCCUAACCGUGUUCAUCGUCGACAUGGACACACAGGGAAUCCACCGAAAGAAGAUGUAUAAUUCGGGUGUUAGUUCAAGCGGUUCGUCGUUCAUUGACCUCGACAACGUUGUCGUGCCAGUUGAGAACAUUCUCGGGAGAGAGGGUCAGGGCUUCGAGGUCAUCAUGUCGACCUUUACACAUGAGCGCCUAUGGGUUGGCAUCACUGCUCUCCGUCUCUCGCGCGUGGCUCUUGAAGACAGCUACCGUUAUGCCCUCCGUCGCGAGACCUUUGGCAAGAAGCUUUUCGAGAACCAGGCCAUCCGGCUAAAGUUCAGCAAGAUGGCUGGCCUUAUCGAGCCAAUGCAACAUCUGAUGGAGGAUUUGGUGCGGCGUUCCGUCACCACACCAGCGCUCGCAUUCUCGCCAUGGGCCGCAUUGCUCAAGAUGCAGGCCGCGCACAACCUCGAGACGGUGUGUCGCGAGGCGCAGCAAGUAUUUGGAGGAAUGGGCUACUCACGGGGCGGGGCUGGUGGUCGUGUCGAGCAAAUAAGCAGGGAUGUCAGGGUUUUAGUCGUAUCGGGUGGCAGUGAAGAGAUUCUCAUGGAUAUGAUUGCCAAGCAGCAGAAGAAGCUGGCAAAGUUGUAA